AUCAUUAAAACAAAGAGAAUUUAUAAGAAAUACUACAACAUGUAAGCAUGGGAAUAGAAAAAAAUGUCAAAAGUAGCUGUCGGUUUGGUGCGAAUAAAACAAUCAUGUACACAAUUGUUGCGAGAAAAUUUGGACAGGAUUUCCGUGUUAUUUUCGGCUGUUUUAAGUGAAAAGUGUUUUUCGCAGGACAAAUCGAGUGACCACACUAUUUUCGAAGUACUAAUUACCGUGCCAGAUAAUACAGAAAGAACUUUAAGUCCGGAUUUUAUAACUAGACUGCAGAAAUAUGUAGACGAAAUCUGCGUUGAGGGAUGCUUGGGAGCAGUGGCCGGCGAGGAUUCCAGUUACGAUUCAGAUUACGAAGUCGACACUCCUUCCUCUGCUACACAGGCGUCGGCCAGGCAUCAGGAUGUCUCUCGAACGACCAGCGACACACUCGCUGCCGAGUACGCCGAAUAUGUACAGUCCACACCGGAAAUAUCCGCCGGUUAUACAGCCAGGGUAGAGUUCGCUCUCAAGCUUGGCUAUACCGAAAAAUUGGUACAAGCGGCACUUCAAAAACUGGGGCCUUCGCCCACACAAAACGAAUUGUUAGCAGAACUGAUCAAAUUAGGAGCGCAGAAGGGCAGUUCAUGCGAUAGCAGUCCGUCGGAAAGUACUUUAGAUAUGACGGCAUUUCAAAUUGAAGCGAUCGAAGGAACGCAAUCGCUACGUCCAAUAGUUAUAGAUGGUAGUAAUGUAGCUAUGAGUCAUGGUAACAAAGAAAUAUUCUCCUGUCGAGGCAUCAAAAUUUGCGUGGACUGGUUCAAAGGUCGAGGACACAAAGACAUAACUGUAUUCGUGCCGAAAUGGAGAAAAGAAUCACCCCGUCCCGAUAACCUCAUCAGGGAUCAAGAUAUUUUGGCUGAACUUGAAAAAGAGAGACUGUUAGUAUUUACUCCUUCGCGGCUGGUCGGUGGUAAACGGAUGGUGUGCUACGACGAUCGAUACAUUUUAAAAUUGGCAGCCCAAACAGACGGCAUAGUAGUAAGCAACGAUAACUACAGAGACCUCUGUCAAGAAAACGCCGAGUUUCGCAAAGUGGUAGAAGAGCGCAUUCUAAUGUAUUCAUUUGUCAACGAUCACUUCAUGCCUCCCGAUGAUCCCCUGGGACGAUCGGGUCCCACGUUAGACAAUUUCUUGAAAUGCCAACCAAAGAAGGGAGACCCUCCUCCGCCGUGUCCAUACGCGAAAAAAUGUACCUACGGCAAUAAAUGCAAGUAUCAUCAUCCUGAGAGAGGACCUUUGCCCCAUAAGAGUGUAACGGAGAGAUUGUCAGAACAUGCACAAAGACAUUUACAGGCUAGGGAGGGUGACAUCCGAAAAACUCCUCUUGGACGAACUCGUUCGAAUAUUCCUCCUCCUAAAGAACCCCAGCACGCCGUUGUCUCCAAGAGUCGCAGCGUAGAUAAUGUAGGUGCUUCCUAUAUCCAAUCUCAGCCACCGACACUUCAAGAAAACUUGCACAAAAAGCUGCAACGACAGCUCACCUUGAAUCCAGGUGCCGAUCCACGAUUGGGAGUGAGAUAUCCCCCGCCUCAUACACAGCCAACUGCUGCAGGACAACUUCCAGGAUUAACUGCUGCUCCUCCGUCUUCGGCAUUUAUGAAUCCUCCUCCAGGUUGGGACGUACAUCAGCACGUGACCAGAAUUGCUUCCGCGCCUGAUUCUUACAGGCCGUGGCCUCCACAACAACAUCCACAACAUAGACAUAUGCAGAGAAUAUCCAGUUGUUCCGAUACACAACUAAACAUGUGGCCUCCCGUUUGGUCGCAAGGCAGCUCCCAUCACUUAGCCAGCUCUCCCGUCCAAGAAGAUCGUAGAAAGUUGCACUACCAUCUGGCGGCCAUCUUUCCUGAAGAACAAGUAACGCAAGCAAUGCAGAUGUAUCCGGAUGAGACGAAUCCUCAAAAGAUCUGCGCUGCUAUACUUUCCAUGUUUCCCAAAACAUAAAUCUAAUAUAAGAUUAGGAUAGAUGUGUACCACGAAGGCUCAUUAAAUUAAAAGUUGUAAUCAAGGCAACAGAUAGUCACGUUGACGUGUAUACAAUAUUGUAUUAUUUUUUUAUGUUGUUUUAACGAAAUAUUUAUGUAGAGAUAAAAUCUAGCUAAGUAAGACGUCAGAUUAUUCUGAUACUUUUUUUAAACUAAUUUAUCGAUACUCCUUUUUCUAUCUGUGAUAUUUUCUCAUAAUAUGCCGACUAUUUUUUUUAAUUCUCAAUUUUAAUAUAACUUAAAAAAUCUCAAUAUUUUUGUUUCUUAAAACAAAAACAUUGAUGGAAUGUAUGAGAACUGUAAAUAAACAUAAAAAUUCUAUAUUAUUUUCUUAGCAGAAAAAUAUUUGAAGUACUAUCUACUAUCAUACUUUCGUCAAGUAAAAACAUUUAGCAAUGAGAUUAAAAAUCGAGCAAUAAGAAGGUAUAUGCAUAGCAUAAGAUAUUUCAAUCAAUGUCGAUUCUUUUCUCAAGCAAUUAAUAUUUGUGAUUUUUCAGAAAUUUGCUAAAAUAAGAGGUAUACGGGAAUCAACAUCCACGUUAGCUGGAACGCAUUUUGGAAAUGGAUCUGGUCUCCACCUAUGUAAUAGAAGCUCAUUUAUCCAGUAUCCAAAAAGUGGAAAAGUAUUUGGAUAGCAAAUAGAAAAGUAAUUGUUAAUCAUUAAUUUAUUUAACUUAUUUAAUUUUAAAAUAAGUUAAAAACCAAUUUAUCCGCCUGCUCAAAACAGAAAAUGUUUAUUGCUGCUCCUUUUCCAGAGCCUUCAUUUACAAAAACAUCAUCACAUAGAUCCAAUGUGACAGAAAAAAAUGGAAAGAUCAAUACUGGGAAUCAGGGUCAGAGAUGGAGUAGGUAAUAAGAAACUUAGGGUAAAACAAGAGUUAAAUACUUUGAAGAACAGAUAAUAACCAAUAAGAAUCCGACGUAGAAAUAUGCUGGACUUAAAUUAUGUAAUGGAGAGUUUAAUAAGAUAAAAAGUUAAUCUCAUCAAUCAUUACGUUAGGCGCCAAGAAAUGUUUACUUCGUAAUUAAUUUUUGUUGGAUGGUGUUUAUGUUAUUUGGUUAAUUAAUU